AUGGGAGGCGUUCCAUCGAUUCCGACGGACCCCACGCGGAGGUUGCGUGUCAUUGGAGCCGGCUAUUCACGCACUGGAACCGUCACGAUGCAGCUGGCACUGGAACAGUUACUUGAUGGGCCAGUCCUUCAUGGAGGGACUCAAAUUCUAUCGCGCGAAGACGCCUAUUGCAAGAAAUGGGUACUCGCAUACCGCGCAAAACGUCGAGGCGAUAAGGCCACUCUGAAAAGACUCCUGGCGGAGCUCACAGCUGGCUUCGUCGCCGUGACGGACAUGCCGCCACUGGACUUUAUACCUGAGCUCAUGGAGAUCUACCCCGAGGCCAAGGUCGUCCUCACUACACGUGAUCCUGAGCGCUGGCUGGAGAGUAUAAAACCCGUUGCCGUAAAUUCGAGCCAGGCAUGGUUGCCCUACAUGAUGUGGCCGAUUCCAGGGUGGCGGUGGUUCCCGAGCCUGAGCCUGGAAUUUGGCCGGAGCACGCAGAUGAUCCUGGACGACGGAACGCAAGAAGCAAACCCGAAACCUAGCACUCGGCUGUUGUUGAAUUGGAACGCCAUGGUGAAAAGUAUGGUGCCUGCUAAGAAACUGCUCAUCAUGGACGUUGAACAAGGUUGGAAGCCAUUGUGCGAUUUCUUGGGUAUGCCAGUCCCCAAAGGACCACUGCCUAAAGCCAAUGACACCGAGUCUGCAAAUAAAGUGGCCUCAGACAUUACUACCAGAGUCUUUCAGAUUUGGGCCGCCGGUUUGGGAUUGACUGUGGCUACAGUGGCUGCCAUUUUCUCUCAAAACUUUCUCUAG